CACAAGAAAAUUGCGGUCUUGUGGACGACUUUCAACAACGGCUGCAAAAAUCUAGACGAGCCCCGGAUUUAUAGGGUGGGAAGCAACUCUCUCAGCCUCUGCAACAACUCGACGAGAUUUGCCAGAGUAUCAACAAGCAGGCGGCAUUGGUUGAUCACACUGUUUUCGUCUAUCGUUCUAGUUUGUUGUACCCGUAUUUGGCCAAACCAUGGCAGAAGGAACGACGGACCCGACCAAUGCCACUGAUGGCAACGGCUAUGUAGACGAUGCUGACGAAUCACCUCCUGCUUCUGAGCUUCCAGUAGACUCUUCCGAUGAUGUUAUGACUAAGACAUCGCUUCCCGAGGCGACGGACACCGACGCCACCAUUGUGCCCCCCAAGGCGACGGAAGCUGCCGACACGAUCGCACCCCUAGAGGUGACGGACACUGGCGGCACGAUCGCACCCCUAGAGGUGGCGGACACUGCGGCUGCACCUCCAGAGGAUGUCGAGGUCGCAACCCAGCACAACGAAACGAUCCAUCUCCUGGUGCUCAACCCAUCUAGUGCAGUUUUGGAUGUGGUUGAUGCCAUCGAGCCAAGUCACGAUCUGGAGAAGCACGACAUUCUUCCCAACACAGACGCGGCUUGUCCAAGUAUUCAAAGUGAUGAUGAAUGCGGUCAAACAGGCAAGACCACGCACUUCACGUGCUGCAGGCCCCUUGUAGCACGCUGGAAAGCCGUUACGGAUGACUUGAGAAAGUCAAUCUGCCGCGGCGUUUUGGCAGUCACCCAUCAGGCGGCUUUGCAUCCGUACAAGUGCCUUAUUGGCAUCACCGUCUUUUCAUUGGCUCUUUUGGGUAUUGGGUUUGCAACUAACUUUGACAUGAACGUAUCAGCCUCUGAGUCCUAUACCGAUCAGAACAGUAUCCUCCGAUUACGAAAGGAGUGGGUGCAUCAUAUCGCUGACUUUUCAUCCCAGCCAAUCAGUAUCCGAGCCGUAAUCCAUGCCAAUGGCAACUCGGUUCUGACCCAAACCGGAGUAGAACGCGCCUUUCAAGUCGUUGAAACUGUCAAACAUACACCAGGUUACGACGCGUUUUGCAGUCCCAAGCAUCGCUACCAUUACACCGACGAGGAUAUCCAUGUCGGUGGCGGAUACGGAACCAAAUGCCAUGUGCGAGGAAUCACAAUGCUUUGGAACAAUUCCCUGAGCGCCAUGCAAGAGCAAGUCAAAUCGGAUGGGGAUGUUUGGAUUGCAGUGGCUGCAGAGAAGUAUCCUGAUGGAAGUGAAGUCGAUUCUCGGGAGAUACUGGGUAGACCCAGACAUCACUACAAGGACAUAUCAGGUGCUGAGUCUCUUCUCAUGGAAGUGAUGAUUCCGAGCAUGUUUGAACACUCUAUAGAGCUACGAGAGGAAGUGCUGAAUCGAAUGUUGGACCUGAGGCAGGAAUGGCAGGAGGAAUACGAAUCCCAUGGUUUGCGAUUGGAGGUUUUUACCAAUUCGGCCUUGGAAGCCGAAACAACGCGUGCCGUCAUGAAAGAUCUUCCAUUGAUUGCAUUAGUCUUCGUCGUCAUGGCAGUUUUCACGUGCCUGAUAUUCUCAUCCAACAACGGCGGGGACGCCGUGGACGGUAGUCAGAAAUCAACAAGUCGCGUCUUGCUUGGAUUGGGUGCGGUAGUUUGCGUGGUCCUUAGCCUGGCAACCUCCUACGGCCUGCUCUAUAUCAUUGGAGUUCCAUUCACGUCAAUUACCCAGAUCCUUCCCUUUGUAAUGUUUGGCAUUGGUCUUGAUGAUGCAUUUAUCAUCUUUGGAGAAUUCAACCGGACUGACCGCCGCAAAGACCCUGUUGAACGGAUCCAUGACACGUUUGAGGAAGUUGGAUUGAGCAUAGUCCUCACCAAGGUUACGACAACGAUGGCCUUUGCUUUGGGGUGCUGCUCCGAUAUCCCCACACUCUACUGGCUAUCAUUGUAUGCUUUCCCAACAGUGAUGGUUGACGCUGUGUAUCAAGUGACUUUCUUUGUCGCAGUUGUUGUGCUAGACGAAAGACGGGUAGAAGCCAAUCGCAAAGACUGUUGCAUCUGCUGGACACGAGAUCCCACGGAUGGAACCAAUGCUCCUGACGAUGGCUCGUUGAUGGCUUCCUCUUUGGCAUCGUCUUCUUUCGCGUCGUCGUGUACGGUACCGAUCAGUAGCAACAAAACAGAAGCAGAUGAAAGUGACAUGACAGAUGAAAAAUUGGCACUCAAGACCAAGCCAUAUCAGCAACCAAGAAGCUGCGUCGAUCGCUUGAUGGGGUGGUACAGCAAUCAGCUGGUUCGGCCCUCCGUGAAGACCUUCGUAUUGUGGGCUUUUCUUGCCAUGACAAUUGGACUCGCUUACUCGACUACCAAGUUCACUCAGGAGUUUGAAGUCUUGGACAUGCUUCCAGAAGAUUCCUUCAUAAGAGACUAUUUGAUUGCUAUGUCCAACCACGGAGAAAGUUUCUGGAUCAUUCCAUCUGCCUACUUUUCUGGUGUGGACCAGUCUGAUCCACACAUCCAAGAUCAAAUGGAAGCCUACAUCAAUGAUUUGGUUUCUAUGAGCUCAAUGACCGAUCAACCACCAUUCUUUUGGUUGAGGCACUUUCGUGACUUCUUGACCUACGAUGAUCGGCUCCUGGAAAUGUCGUUCAAUGAACAGAUGGAUAUCUUCUUGUCAAUUGACCACUUCAGGUUGCUCUAUGGAGAUCAUAUCAUGCGUGACUUGGAGACUGGGGAUGUCAUCGCUAGUCGCUGUGUCCUCUACAUGGAUAACGUGGAGUUGAAUUCGGUACAAAGCCAAAUCGAGGCCUGGAAAGACCAGCGUGAUGUGACAUUUAUGCAACCGAUCAAUGCUGGAAGUGAUGAAGCAAUGCAGAACUUCUUCUUGUACGAAGAAGACAUGUUUUACAUCUGGGAGUUCUAUGAUGGGACUGUUGGGGAGCUCAUUGCGAACUCGAUUCUUGGGGUGUUGGUGGUUUGUGUCAUUGGCUUGAUCCUUAUCCCCCACUGGACAGCAACCCUAUACAUGCUUCCAAUCAUCUCCGUUCUCAUUAUUGAUAUGAUUGGCUUCCUUCAGCUCUUUCAAGUUCACCUGAACGCUGUCAGUUACUUCUCGUUGAUCAUGUCCAUCGGACUGUUGGUUGACUUCAAUAUGCACAUCCUUCUGAGGUACUAUGAGUCACCUUGCGCAACAAGAGAAGGAAAAGUGAAGGAUGCACUGCAAACAAUGGGCUCAUCAGUCUUGAUCGGAGGUUUCUCAACGUUCCUGGGAGUGCUCCCUUUGUUCUUCAGUUCCAGCGAACUGAUGCAAACACUCUUUUAUGGCUUCAUUGGAAUGGUUCUGCUUGGUUGCGGCCAUGGUCUGAUUCUCUUACCCGUAAUCUUGUCAAUUUUUGGUCCCGUGGACACUGUCGGCACGCGAAACCAGGCAAUAAAUGACAGCAAGAUGCUAACGGUGCAGCUGAGCAUGUCAACAUCAUACCAUUCGGAAGAAAGCACCCCCACUGGGUGUACCAGUAGCACUUGCUCGAAGCCGCAUUCAUCAUCGAAUGCAAGCUUGUGGAUCAGUCCGCAUACCUAUCCCGACGCCAGUAUCGGGCAAGAUGAUGUGGUCGAAUCAGAAUCAUGCGCUCCACGUGCAGAAUCAGACGCUCCAGACCAACCAACCCAGGGCGACGAUGAAGCGUCUACUGAAAACGAAGGUGCGCAUGGCGACGUGACACGAGGGGAAGAAGAAGAAGAAGAGUUGGCCUGUCAAGGAGAUGCUAUGGGUUCACCAGUAGCUUUGCAGACAUCGGAGGAGGACUUGAAGUCGACCCUGGAUGAUUGUGUACUACUACCGGCAGAAGAAGCUGGAGAGCAAGUAGAAGGAGAAGACAUUUCGCCGGGCUUGGAACUUCACGAUGAAGCAAAGAGCCUUCCUGAAAAGACGGAUGAAAGUGGAGCUUCUGCGCAAGAAGCAUCCGUAUCCUCACUUCAUGCUGAAGAGGUUUCUUCGCCUACGCCGACUCCAGAAGCCGUCGAGGACGAAGAAUCAAGACAAGAGACAGAAGAUGAAACGGAUAAAGAGGAGAUUACUGAAGCCACGUCGGUAUUGCCAGAUACUGGUCUACAACCUGAUUCGUUGACAUUGCCUACUAUCAACCCCAACCCCGAAGGUCCGACCGAAUCAUCAGUCAACCCACCAAGCGAGCAGCUAGCAGACGACCGACCUUGCGACGACAAAGCAAUCGCCCAGGACGAUACUCGUACCACCCAGGACGAAGAUACCACCCAGGACAAAGAUAACGGCCAGGACGAAGGUACAGCCCAGGACGAAGAUACCGCUCAGGACGAAGACAACGCCCAGGAUGAUGCCGUCUUAGAAAUCUCUGGGGACGCUGGAGGUGCGGGUGGCAAAGAUACAAACGCCGAGGAGGUGCAUGGAGGCAACCAUCUGGUCGAGAGCUCGGGAGUUCUGGAGCAGAAAGAGGAUGCAAUCUCAACAGUGCUCGAGAACAGCAGCACCCACGGGGACACUGCCAGCUCGCAUAAUGACGAGGUAGAAAUCGGAGAAGGCGACCACGUCGACGACCCCCUCAGCAGAUGAUAACCUUCGCCGAGGAAGUUGGCUCAUGCCGUCAUUCCUGUCAGCUACCAUGCGCCUAAUGGCGGGAACGCAUGCAUACCGCUACAAACCGCUGGGGCUGCCGCUGGCUAGGUUGUUGCAGGAAAGAGCCAACAGACAUGGAUUGCUCAUGCUGGAUUCGGCAAACAGUGCUUGUGUAACUAAAACUAAUAACUGGCCUGAUUGAUCAGGAUCUUUAAGUGCAACGCACUUUCCCCCGAGAUAGCUACCGCUAGAGGGCUACAGUUCCA